UUUGCUACCUCUUUACAGUGCCCGCCCUCGUGAAAAGCGCUAUAUAUUGAUAGCGAGACACGCACAUUUCGGUGACUGUGUGUGAGAGAGAAGGAGCCAGUCGCCAUUUCCAGGGCCCUUUCUCUUCAAAUCUUCUUCCAACUGCAGGAAAACCCUAAUUCAUCUUGAGUCAUGGAUGCAGGGUCUGCUCAGUUCCAGCAAGCACAGCUCGCCGCAAUCAUGGGCACCGAUCCGGGGGCGUUUGAAACCCUAGUCUCUCAUCUCAUGUCCCCCGCCAACGAGCAGAGAUCCCAGGCCGAGUCUAUCUUCAACCUCAUCAAGCAGAACGAUCCCAACGCGCUCGUUCUGAGGUUAGCCCAUGUCCUCAGCUCGUCCGUCCACGUCGAAGCUCGCGCCAUGGCUGCUAUACUCCUUCGCAAGCUCCUCACCAGGGACGAUUCUUUUAUCUGGCCAAAUCUCACUCCGUCCACUCAGUCCGGCAUCAAAUCCACCCUUCUAACUUGCAUUCAGCGGGAGGAGGCUAAAUCGAUUACUAAAAAGCUCUGCGACACCAUAUCCGAGCUCGCAUCCUCGAUCCUCCCUGAGAACCAAUGGCCUGAAAUCUUGCCUUUCAUGUUUCAAUGCGUUACUUCCGAUUCACCAAAGCUACAGGAGUCUGCUUUCUUAAUCUUCGCUCAAUUGGCUCAGUUCAUAGGCGAGACGCUGGUUCCUUUCAUCAAGGAUUUGCAUUCUGUCUUCCUGCAGACGUUGAAUAAUUCACCCCAUUCGGAUGUCAGGAUUGCAGCUUUGAGUGCCGUCAUCAAUUUUGUUCAGUGUUUGACAAGCUCCACUGAGAGGGACCGUUUUCAAGAUCUAUUGCCAUCUAUGAUGAAGACGUUGACUGAGUCUCUGAAUAGCAGUCAGGAGGCAACCGCACAGGAGGCGUUAGAACUGCUCAUUGAGUUGGCUGGUACUGAACCCAGAUUCCUGAGGAGGCAGCUAGUGGAUGUUGUAGGAUCAAUGCUCCAGAUAGCCCAGGCUGAUAGUUUGGAGGAAGGGACUAGACAUCUGGCUAUAGAGUUUGUAAUUACUCUGGCUGAGGCAAGGGAGAGGGCCCCUGGGAUGAUGAGAAAACUGCCUCAGUUCAUUAGUGGACUUUUUGCUAUUUUAUUGAAGAUGUUGCUUGAUAUUGAGGAUGAGCCUGCCUGGCAUUCAGCUGAGGCUGAAAAUGAGGAUGCUGGUGAAACCAGUAACUACAGUGCUGGACAGGAGUAUUUAGACCGUUUAUCCAUGGCAUUAGGCGGGAAUACCAUAGUACCUGUUGCCUCAGAGCAGCUUCCUGCCUACUUAGCUGCUCCAGAAUGGCAAGAACACCAUGCAGCCCUCAUUGCACUUGCCCAGAUUGCUGAAGGUUGCUCAAAGGUGAUGAUUAAGAAUUUGGAACAAGUAGUUAGUAUGGUUCUGAGUUCAUUUCAAGAUCCUCACCCAAGAGUUAGGUGGGCGGCCAUCAAUGCAAUAGGUCAGUUGUCUACUGACUUGGGUCCAGAUUUGCAAAUGCAGUACCAUAACCGUGUAUUGCCAGCACUAGCUACUGCUAUGGAUGAUUUUCAGAAUCCACGAGUACAGGCACACGCAGCUUCAGCUGUCCUCAACUUCAGUGAGAACUGCACACCUGAACUUUUGACACCGUACUUGGAUGGUAUUGUUAGCAAACUGCUUGUACUGCUGCAGAAUGGUAAACAAAUGGUGCAAGAAGGAGCAUUAACAGCACUGGCUUCCGUCGCUGAUUCAUCACAGGAGCACUUCCAAAAAUAUUAUGAUGCUGUGAUGCCCUAUUUGAAAACCAUCCUUGUUAAUGCAAAUGACAAAGCAAACCGCAUGCUCCGGGCCAAAGCAAUGGAGUGCAUUAGCUUGGUUGGGAUGGCUGUUGGAAAAGAGAAGUUUAGGGAUGAUGCUAAGCAGGUCAUGGAAGUGCUCAUGUCUUUACAAGGAUCACAAUUGGAGAGUGAUGACCCUACUACUAGCUAUAUGCUCCAAGCUUGGGCUAGACUCUGCAAGUGCUUGGGACAAGAUUUUCUUCCUUAUAUGAGUGUAGUCAUGCCUCCUUUGCUUCAGUCUGCUCAGCUUAAACCUGAUGUGACUAUAACUUCUGCUGAUUCAGAUAAUGAAGUUGAUGAAUCAGAUGAUGACAGCAUGGAAACAAUCACUCUCGGGGAUAAAAGAAUAGGGAUAAAAACAAGUGUUCUUGAGGAAAAGGCUACUGCAUGUAAUAUGCUUUGUUGUUAUGCUGAUGAGCUGAAGGAAGGAUUUUACCCAUGGAUUGAUCAGGUUGCUCCAACAUUAGUUCCACUUUUGAAAUUUUAUUUCCAUGAAGAAGUCAGAAAAGCCGCUGUUUCAGCCAUGCCACAGCUGUUACUUUCUGCAAAGCUAGCUGUUGAGAAGGGACUCGCUCAGGGCCGAAAUGAGACAUAUGUCAAGCAAUUAUCAGAUUAUAUAAUACCCGCACUGGUUGAAGCUUUGCAUAAGGAGCCUGAUACAGAAAUUUGUGCUAGCAUGCUGGAUGCGUUGAAUGAAUGUUUACAGAUCUCUGGACCUCUCCUAGAUGAAGCUCAGGUUCGAAGCAUUGUAGAUGAAAUCAAACAGGUUAUUACUGCUAGUUCAAGUCGAAAAAAAGAACGUGCAGAGAGAGAAAAGGCUGAAGAUUUUGAUGCAGAGGAAAGUGAAUUGCUAAAAGAGGAAAAUGAGCAGGAAGAAGAAGUUUUCGACCAAGUUGGUGAGAUCUUAGGUACAUUGAUCAAGACAUUCAAGGCUUCUUUCUUGCCUUUCUUCGAUGAACUUUCGUCUUAUUUAAUGCCUAUGUGGGGUAAAGAUAAAACUGCUGAAGAAAGGCGGAUAGCAAUUUGCAUAUUUGAUGAUGUUGCCGAGCAGUGUCGCGAAGCAGCAUUGAAGUACUAUGAUACAUAUCUUCCUUUUCUUUUGGAAGCUUGCAAUGACGAGAGUCCGGAUGUCAGACAGGCUGCUGUUUAUGGACUUGGUGUCUGUGCAGAGUAUGGUGGUUCAGUUUUCAAACCACUUGUGGGAGAAUCUCUGUCAAGGCUUAAUGCUGUGAUAAAACAUCCAAAUGCUCUUCAAGCAGAAAAUUUAAUGGCAUAUGAUAAUGCAGUUUCUGCACUAGGAAAGAUAUGCCAUUUCCAUCGUGGAAGUAUUGACUCGGCUCAGGUUGUUCCAGCUUGGUUGCAUUGCUUGCCCAUAAAAGGAGAUUUAAUCGAAGCAAAAGUUGUACACGAGCAGCUGUGUUCAAUGGUUGAGCGGUCUGAUGUUGAACUAUUGGGCCCCAACAAUCAGUAUCUUCCUAAAGUUGUUUCAGUUUUUGCCGAGGUAUUAUGUGCUAGAAAGGAUCUGGCAACGGAACAAACUGCCAACCGAAUGGUAAGUCUGUUGAGACAGCUUCAGCAGACACUACCACCAGCAACAUUGGCUUCUACUUGGUCCUCCCUUCAUCCACAGCAACAGAUUGAUCUCCAAUCCAUUCUCUCUUCAUAAUAACUGUGUGUUUGUUGUUGGAUUAGUACAAGGAAAAUCCAAGAUGAUCCCUUGAGAAAGAGGCAAAUCAAAUAUAUUUGAAACGUUAUUCUUUGUGUCAUAAAACGCCAUUCAUCAUCAGCCUGGUGUGGGUUUGAGCUUGGAACAAAUAUGCAAGCAAAGAUGUAUACCUUUUUUUCCUUUGUGUUAUUAUUUGGGGUCGAAUGUGUAUAUUUUGUCUCGAGCAAUUAAUUUUUGGGUUUAAUUGCGGUCUUGUGAUAUUUCCUCUUUUUCUUGGUCUCCUCUUCGAGGCUCAAAGGGUUGUCUGGGAGGCAGUUCUUGUUGCAGUUUUGUCCAAGUCUUAUUUUCGUUUUGAUUGUGACAGCAAUAUCAAAUUGGUUGUUAUAGAAAAGCAUCUUGGACUUCUUGGUUGGUUUGAACAUUGUUAGAGACUUGAACUCUCUCUUUUCUCACUGAUUUCCAUUUGUUUUCAAGUGCACGAGGUAUGAGCGGGUUAUUAUAGACCUAUAGUUGUGUUUAUGGCUGCUUUUUUUACUCUGCCGGAUAUAAAAGUUGUUUUACCCCGCCUGGUAUCAACAUAUGACCCGGAAAUAAAAUCUCUAUUCAAUCAAGGGUCUGUACUCUGUAUAUUUAAGUUAAAAAUAUUCAUUGAAAAUUUAACAGCAGUUCAAUAAGAAUAAUAUUCAUAGAAUUAACAGGCCUUUUAUUGAACUAAAAAAAUCAUGGUCUGGGUUGAAAGUUUGAAAAGAAAUGUAAAGCCCUCAAAUCAGGAUGUUUUAUUUAUAAUUUGCUGGUCAGAAUUAGGGAUGGACCCGGGCCGGUCCGGUUCCGGGCUGGGCCCGGGCGGGCUUUUUUUGCAAAUCCUUGGGCCUGGAACCGGCCCGGGUUGAUACCGGGUCCGGGCUGGGCCGAGCCAUGCCCGGUUCAAUGUCUAUUUUUUUUUGCUUUCUUGUUAUCCCGUGACCCCCCUUGACCCUCACCCCCCAAACCUCCCCAAAACACCUAGCCCUACCCUAGGAAAAGAAAAAAAUUGAAAAAACAAAAAAAUGACCUGGGCCUGGCCCGAACCGCUUGGGCUGGUUUGCUCAAAAUUGGACCCGAGCUUGGCUCGCUUGACCCGCCCAAAUGGGCUAAAAGCCCGGAACCGGCCAAUCGGUCCCGGUCUGGUCCAUUCCCGCACAACAGCGGAUUUGGCUGGCCCGGUUUAGUCCAUCCCUAGUUAGAAUUGGUCUGGUCUAGUCUCGUAAAUGUUUGAUCUUUGUGUAUUUUAUACGGAGUAAUUGUUAAGUCUAGUUUGGUCUGUCUAAGUUUUGUCCAUUCUGAUCUGUUUAAGUUUGGUGUGGUUUGAUCUAGUUUGAUUUGGUUUAGUUUGAUCUGGUCUGUAAUUGAAAAUACACAAAAGAAUGUCAAUACUGUGCAAUCCUAAAAAAAUGUCAAGAUUGAGCCCAAUCUGCUAUAUUCUUGGUUUGGACUGGUUUUGGGUAUCCAGACUGUCCGGUCCAAAUUAGGGAUGGAUUG